AUGCGACGUCUGAGUCUGUCCCGGGCUCAAUGGCAUCGUCAUGGUGUUCAUCAGAGUCACUUCAGCCUCCUUUUUCCUCCCCAUCCGCACACACAAAGGCACUUGUCAAGCUCCGCUGCCCACUCAAAUGGCGACGGCCGCAAAAACAACCCCAAAGCUUCUAUACGAUGGUUUGAGCAACCUACGCGGUGGAGCAAAGAGAAAGUCGAGGUAUAUCCAGAGGAGGAAGAACAGGCCGAACAAGAUGUUAUUUGGGCCAAAAUCCGAGAGCUGCAGGAACAGCUGCAGGAGAUAAAGCAGGGCCCUUUUGGGCCGCAUAGCCCCUUGAUGAAACAGUUAUCGGAAAAGCAAAGAGAGAUAGUACGUGACGCCGUCCGCAAAUAUGAAGAAGAACAUGUGGAAGAGGAAACAAAGGAUAAUCAGCGUUAUCAAGACUUUUUUGCGGGACUAGAUGAAAUGAUUGCAGAGGAAAAGCAGGAUUUGGAGAAACAGAAAACAGCGGAAUGGAAUCCAAAAGAAAUGCUAGAGGCAUCUAAGUCACCUCAUAAAGAAUCGUUCGAAGUCGAAUUGAAGGUCCCGGACACCGCUCAAGCGCAUGUUAACAGAUUUAACCAGAAUUUAAAGGUUCUAAUCAAAGAUCCAACCAGGGGCCAUAGGCAGGAGCUGUGGCGGUCAUAUCAACGAUGUAAAGCCUUAAUACCUGCGUUUGUUGAAUUGUUGCCAGAAGAGACCUUGACCAUAUUGUGGAAUUCCCAAAGUCAAAGUGCCAGUCUCCAAACCCCGCAGCUUGGACACUGGGAGGAUUUUGCAGAAGAUAUCCUUUCGAAUGGCCGAGACUUAACGCAACCCCAAUGGCUGCGGUACAUUACACUCCUUCUUGACAAUGGCCAGUCAAAUAAAGCACUUUCUUUGUGGAAAAGCCGAGAGAAACAUCUACACUAUGGUUCGAAAAUGGAAGUUGAGCAGUUUUGGAAGUUGGGGGUUGAGAUAUUGAUAGCAAAUGGGGAAUUGGAAAGCGCGCAAGAUAUAGCAUUGGCGUUUCUUGCAGACGAUGAAUCCCGGCCGCCACGUAUUCUAAUACCCAUAAUCGUUGCCUGGGCUAAAAUCCCCGGAAAUACGAACGGCGCUCGAGCUUGGACCUUGUACCUACGGCUCAAAACAAUACUUGGGUCUGAUAUAAAUAUGAAUGAUUACGAUUCGAUAAGUAUUGGCUUCCUGAAAGCUGGUAGAGUUGACAUGGCAGUUGCGGUCUUCAAGGAUAUGAUGCUCUCAGGACAAACGUCGCCCUCCGACUCAACAUCACUUUACCGUGCCUCCCUUGGCUUGGUUGGCAAUCUGCAAGCUUCAAGUAUCACAGAGGCGGACGUGAAUAAGGUAUCACUAUAUGCACUUACGAUCAUGCCCCGAAAGUUUCAAAACAAGUUCUUCUAUGCAAGUUGGAUGAAGAAAUUGAUCGGUAUGGGCGAGAUUGAUUCCGCAGCUGCGGUCGUCGAAUUGAUGUACGAACGCGGCAUUAAACCAGACGCAAAACAUCUAAACGGAGUCAUAAGCGGCUGGCUCCGCAAAGAUAGCGUCGAUAGCAGAGAAAAGGCCGCAAAACUCGGGUGGGCGAUGAUUCAGGAAAGGAUUGACACUGUUUGGUCGCGCCAGAAGAGCCCAUCACCUGAAUCGAGCAAGCCGUCAGUUCAUGAUGCCAAUGAUGGUAUCCGUAUUCCGAAGUUUGCACACAAGACUGUUCCCCCGGCGAGCAUCGAAACAUUUUCCCUACUAUUACUUUAUUAUACUCGGCGUGGCCAAGAACAUUUAGCCAACUACGUUAUUGAAUGCCUCGAAAAAGCACAGAUGCGACCUAAUGCAUUUUUCAUGAACCAUCUCCUCUUCGCGGAGUUGCGCAAACAGGACGUCCUUGGCGUCUGGACCCGCUACCAGCAAAUGUCAGCGACUGUCCGCCCCGAUCUAGAAACGUUUGCUUGCCUUUGGGACUGCGCCAAAAUCCAAUAUGAUCGCGCGCGACCAUCUUUCGACUCUAACUUCCCCACCGCUCGUGUCCUGUACCGUGAAAUGAUGGACUGGUACUUCAGCCUGAGUCCGCGUAGCCAAGCCAAUGUCCGUAGACUCUUUACCAAAAACCUCUACGACCAAAUCCUCCGCUGUUUCUCUUUCUCGCUUGACCCGCAAGGCACAAUCGUCGCCCUACAUUCCCUGCGACAUGUCUUCGGCUACAUCCCGGACAUCGUCACAGCCCGCAUCCUAAUGUUCGAGGUGGUCCGCCUCCUGCCAGCUCCACCGGAACUCGAAGACAAGAAGAAGGCUCGUCACCACCGACGUCGCAUCUCCACAAACCCACGGAGCAAGGAAAGCCUACAGCACGUGACGAAGCUACUAGAAACGCUUCGUGAUAGGAAAGUAGUGGAGUUGGGCAAACAGGGCUUACUGAUAGAGGACCUAGACAUGAAGUCACGGAAAGAUCAUGAGGUAAACCUGUAUACGGAUUUAUUGCGGGUUGUGCUAAGUCGGUUGGCGGAGGAUCCUCGCAAGAACGAGGAUAAGAUCCGCAAGGCAGCGCUCGAUAUGGGAGAGAGUAAAUGA